CCGCCAGAGGGCGCGAGAAGCCCGUUUUCGUUGUUCCCGAAUCGACUGAACACGGCGCGGUUCCCGUACACAGAUCCCAAACACUAAACAGGUGGUCAUACACCGCCACACAGCGCCCGCCGCGAUGAAACGGAACGGGUACCGACUGUAACUUACACAAAACCUCCAAGGUGCUGAACCAAAGAUUAUUAAUGAUCUGGACAACAGGGCACGGGAGCCUGUGAUCCCGAGUUUCCCUUGGAUUCGGGAAGGUCUAAGGAGAGUUGGAAGUAUGAAAGUGACGGUGUGUUUUGGAAGAACUCGGGUCGUCGUUCCUUGCGGAGAUGGCAACAUUAAAGUGCACUGGCUCGUUCAGCAGGCCGCGAUGCGGUACAGGAGAGCGAUCGCUAAGGGUGAAGAGUACUGGGUUCAGGUGUACCGACUGGAACACGGCGAUGGAGGAAUUCUGGACCUGGAUGAUGUUCUGUGUGAUGUGGCUGAUGACAAAGACAGAUUGGUUGCGGUGUUUGACGAACAAGAGCCUCAUGUCGGAGGUGACGGCACCAGUGCGAGUUCCACGGGCACACAGUCACCUGAGCUCUUCUCUGGAGAGCCGUCCACCUCCACCCCACUAUCUGCCUUCCAGCCGUACCUGCCCCACAGUGAGAUAGAGGUCACCACAUCCACGCUUCGAACCAACAUGCCUUUGCAUGUUCGUCGCAGUAGCGACCCGGCAUUGUUGAACCUGACAGCGAUGUCUUUCUCUGAGCCGAACACGCAACCCGAAGAACCUUCCAGGAAAAACCCCACACGUUGGUCCACCACCGCUGGCUUCCUGAAACCACGUUUAUCCACCGGCACCAACAGCCUGGAAAGGAAGGGCCGAGGUGUCGACACAUAUCGUAGUCUUCCUCGUGAUGCAGGGCAGUGGUCCAAUCAGAAAGAGUUUCAGCGUGAAAAGGCCCGUUCCUCACUCAGUGCCAAUCAUCCCAUGGUGGACUGCUGGCUGGAGCGACAAGAACAGGAUGAGGAGGAGAACGGCAGGAUAGAGCCUGUGGGACGUGCAGAUACAUGUUUAGAACACAUGGGCGUGAGAUCGUUGGAUGAUAUUGUGAAAUUGGUGGAAGUGUCCAAUGACGGAGGUCCGCUCGGCAUCCACGUGGUGCCCUUCAGUGGACGAGACCGCAGGACGUUGGGUCUGCUGGUGAAGCGAUUGGAGCGUGGAGGAAAGGCUGACGUCCAAGGUUUGUUUCAGGAGAAUGACUGCAUCAUUCGGAUCAACAACGGAGACCUGCGGAAUGUCCGCUUUGAGCAAGCUCAGAACAUGUUUCGUCAGGCAAUGCGUACUCCCAUCAUCCUGUUCCAUGUGGUUCCAUCCACCAUGAGAUCCCAGUAUGAGCAGAUAUCCCAUAAUGAGAACAACCCCAGAGGGAACAUUGACAUUUCUGGACGUUUCAGCCCAGAUUCCCUCACCAAUGAUCUGGUCGGCAAUGCCGGACUGGAUCACGCCGCUCACCGAUUGGCACAGCACAGGCCACACGCACCCAAUAACCAUUUGGACACUAGUUCUCCACCCCAUCAUUCGGUUGGUUCAUCAGGGAAACCUCCAUCAGGUCAUGCCUCCUCUCCCCAAAGAGGCUUAAGCCCCGCCCCUACAUCCGGCUUCACUAAGAAGGUUGGGCGGAAACUCGGAAUCCAGCUUAGAAAAGGGCCUGAAGGUCUCGGGUUCAGCAUCACGUCAAGAGACGUCCCUCUUGGAGGCUCCGCCCCUAUUUACGUGAAGAACAUUCUGCCAAGAGGUGCUGCCAUACAGGACGGGCGACUGAAAGCAGGCGAUAGAUUGCUAGAGGUCAAUGGGGUGGAUCUUAAUGGGCGUGGUCAGGAGGAGGUGGUUUCUCUGCUGAGGGCGACUCCCAUGGGCGGGACUGUGAGUCUUCUGGUACUGAGACAAGAAGAGGCCUUUCUACCCAGAGAGAUGAACACAGAACCAGCGAUGCAGAACACAAGAGAAUGGAAGGUAGAAGAGGAGGAGCUGGUCUUAACCCCAGACGGGACGCGUGAGUUCCUGACAUUGGAAGUGCCUCUGAAUGAUUCUGGCUCGGCGGGUUUAGGAGUCAGUGUCAAGGGUAACAGAUCAAAGGAGAGCCACGCUGACCUGGGCAUCUUCGUCAAGUCUAUUAUCAAUGGAGGAGCAGCAUGCAAGGAUGGAAGGCUGCGAGUCAACGAUCAGUUAAUCGCAGUCAAUGGGGAGUCGUUGUUAGGGAAGACAAACCAGGACGCCAUGGAAACGCUGCGCAAGUCCAUGUCAACAGAGGGCAACAAGCGAGGGAUGAUUCAGCUGAUCGUGGCAAGAAGAAUCAACAAACGCCUCGAGGGUGAGAGCCGAUGCAGUCCCCGGGGAUUAGAGCGAACCCUGAGCCCGUCUCCUGACGACCACGAGCGACGGAUCUCACACUCGCUAUAUGGAUUCGAGGGGCUUGAUGACAACCUGAGGCCACAAGCCAACACAAAUAACCGUAAAAUGAAUCAUUAUCAGCUGUCGCCGACGGUAAACAUGCCUCAGGAUGACACGAUCAUAAUUGAAGACGACAGGCCACGUGUUCUCCCCACCCAGUUGUCUGACCAAUCGUCAUCCAGUUCUCACGAUGACAUGGGUUUUGCCGUGGAGACGCCACCGCCGCCACCCUGGGAGCAAGAGCUUCCCGACAGCUCUUCCACUGCUAAUGAUGAGGGGGUGUUUCAGAGGGAAGGCUUUGGCAGGCAAAGCAUGUCUGAGAAACGCACCAAGCAGUAUGGAGACGCAAGCCAACUCGACAUCAUCAAGACCCGCAAGUCUAAGAGCAUGGACCUAGUGGCUGAUGAGAUUAACCUCACACAAUGCACAGAGAACCACCCAGGCUCUUCCUCACAUGACGUUGGCCCGUCUCUUGGCCUAAAGAAGUCCAGCUCUCUGGAAAGUUUACAGACUGCUGUCGCAGAGGUAACACUCAAUGGCGACAUGCCUUUUCACCGGCCACGGCCGCGCAUCAUACGGGGGCGGGGCUGCAACGAGAGCUUCAGAGCUGCAAUUGACAAAUCGUACGACAAGCCAGCCGCCAAUGGAGAUGAAGAGGAGUGCAUGGACACAUGUACGGCUGCUCCUGAUUGGUUUAUGGAUGAGGACACAGAAGGAAGCUCUCGUUCAGGGCGGGAUUCGGUUUCCACGGUAGCUGAUCUCACUCCGCUUCCCGUCACCGAGCAACAGUUGAUCAAUGGCAACCAGCCUCAAAACGACAAGAAGAAAGAAAAAGGGGGGAAGGACAAAAAGAAGCCAGAGAAAGAGAAGGGUAAAACAAAGAAAGGAAUGCUCAAGGGCCUCGGAGAGAUGUUCAGGUUUGGUAAGUACCGUAAGGACGAGCGUUUGGAUGGUGCAAAGUGGAAGCCAGAGGAAACUCAUGCAUCGGACGAGGAGAUGCGCAGAAUGAAACAAGAACAAGAGAGGAUCCAGGCUAAAACGCGAGAGAUUCGUCAGCGUCAGGCCAGAGAACGAGACUAUGCUGAGAUCGAGGACUUUAGCCGGUCCACCCUGACCUCGCUUCCUCCCGAGGAGCCCCCAUACGCUGGCAUCGGCUCGUUGGAACACGGCGGGUACCAUCGGAUCCACACGCCUCCCGACUCACCGUACACGCAUAAACAGAACGGCCGCAACGGACACCCCUCCACACCAGACAGGCUGACGCCGAGCAACCACGACCGAAUUCAGCGCUUACGCCAGGAGUUCCAGCAGGUCAGGCUAGAAGAGGUGGAGCCAGAUGAUCACCACCGCUCCUACAGCUUGGAGCAGCCCUGGUCGCAGGCUUCAUCUGGCCGUCAUUCGGUGUCUGUGGAGGUGCAGUUACAGAGGCAGGAAGCCAGAGAUGCUUUCACACAUGCUCAGAGACAGUACAGCUCUCUGCCACGCCACCCUCGUAAGACGCCCACCCCAGCGACAGAGAGCGAGUGGGAGAGGGCGUGUCCAGCCGGAGACAGUUUCCAGGCAGCUAAGGACAGCGGGCGUUACUCCAGCUACCAGGGACCUCGUUCAGUCCCGCGCACCGUUCCCCGUCACGGCUGCAGGAAUGGCCUCUCUGUUCCCCCAGGAGCCGGCGGUUCUUCGGUGGGUGGAGGCUACAAUGCACGUGUCCUUCUGGAGGCCCAGGAGCUCCUGCGACAGGAGCAGAGACGCAGGGAACAGGAAAUGAAAGGAAGAGCCCCAUCAAUGCGGCUGGACUACGAAUCGCAGGAUUCUAAAGGGCCCCACAGACAGGACAUCCCACCGUCUCCUGCCCAGGUUGUCCGACUCAGCCGUAUACACACACCUGAGAAAACGCGCCCGUUUUUAUCAUGAGAAAAUAAGGAAGACCCUUUCUCCUGUUUUCAAAGAGGCAAUCACAAACAAAGGCUCACUUACAAACAAUUAUUUGUGUGCCACUUGUACACAGACUCCCCGAGUGCCUUUUCUUUAUGAGGUCACAGUGGUCCUGCCCGGUCCGACAUCGGUUCAUGGGUGCGUCUAGAGGCAGAAGUCUCUUGGUUCGCUGUGAAGACCUUCAUGCUCUGACAAUCAGCCUGUUCCUCUGUAGAACCAUGUAGAACUCGCAGUUUGCACAGGUUUGAUGAAGUUUUGUGAAGUAGAGCUUUUUUAAGAUUUAUCCGAUUCAUUCUUACACAUCAGGUAAAAGUUGUCCGUUAAACUUGUAUUUGAUGUAGUCAGGGGAGUCGCUAGUUUUGGGGGAAAAAAGGGACUGAGUACAGGGGGCCCAGAAAUCCUAGCGACACCACCGGACGUAGUCACGUGUUUGAAGAACUCGACAAAUCUAGGUACAAAAUACAGUGAGUCUCCUGGGAAUCCAGUGAAAAGAGAAAAUCCCAAAAACUCAAUGGAAAAGAAGAGAGAAAGGAAAUGGGGUCACAGAUAGCAGGUCAUUAAUUGAUGCUCCUCAUUAAAUUUUCAGAGCUCUUUCACACACAGACACAGAACCCACGACCCACUGCUGCCUGCCAGGUGUGUGUGUGUGUGAGUUCCUGUCUCCCAGAUGACCCACACUGAAUUUUUCAUCACACACACCAGCUGCCCCUGUAUUGACAGGCCACAGCACUGUGUGAAAGUUCAGACAAAAAGAUUGUCUUCCCUCCUCCCUGAAACAUGUAUAAAUGCACACACACAGAGGCUGUGUUUUAAAUGGCAUACUAGCAUACUACCAUUUCUGUAGUAUGUAUAAUAUGCACUGUAUGUAUGUAUGUUUGUAUGUGUGCUGGGUUGCCAAGGCCCCUUGUGUGUGUGCGCACGUCUGUGUGUGUGUAUGAAAAACCUAGCAAUGUGAUUAUACACAUGGAAUGAAAUAAAAAUGUAUAGCUUGUGUACACACUUGGGGUGUAACAAUAUAUUGUCACAAUAUAUCGCAAUACAAAAAUGCAACAAUAUGCAUUGUGUAUAGUUCACCCAAACUGAAAAUUACUGUGUGAGAAAAAUUCAAGUUUUAAUGUCAGUACUACAUUGAAGUACUAUAUAUGUAACCCUGGAACACAAAACCAGUCAUAAGUCACACAGGUAUAUUUGUAGCAAUAGCCAACAAUACAUUGUAUGGGUCAAAAUUAUCAUUAGGCCAAAAAUCAAGAUAUUAAAGGAUUAGUCCA